AUGAAUUCUAGGAAAGGGUCGGAAGCUUCAAAGGGUUUGGUAGCAAAGACUCAUAAAUCCCCUGCCAAAGAACCAGCAGAAAUCCCUCCGGUGACGUGCCCGGCCAAGAAAUAUGUCUUUGAUCUCCACUCGUAUGUGUGGAAGGAGCUGGAUACCCUCAUUCGCGUUGUGCGCCCGAGUAAGGGACUAGGCCGUGGCGGCAUGCGUGUUUGCUAUGAUGUCGAGGAACUUGAUGAGGAAGGGCGAUCAACCGGGAUGGUGGCGAAGAUGUUUAGGCGCGUGAUUACAGAUGUGGUGGAGAAGGAUUACUUUAACGAGGGUGAAGCGCAGUGCAUGUGCGAAAUUUUUGCGAAUAGCUUUAACCGAAUCAACGUCGAAGGGGUCGAGAAGCCGAACAUAUCUUUCCUGCAGUGCUAUGUAGUGCGAAUCCCUCGGCGUGAUAUCCCGAAGGCCUAUCAGGACAUGAGCAAAGGCUUCUUCUCCUAUACGACGCAGGAUACAAAGGAAAUGAUGUUUGUAAUGGAGCCAAAGCUGACAGGUCGUUUUACGAAGUAUAAUAGCAAUUAUGGUGGGGUGUACCGAGAGGAAAAAUGGGAGGACGCGACCGACACCCAGACGAAGCGCCGAAGUAUGAUUUUUGAAGCCGCGGAGUCCUUUUCGCAUUUCACACUCGCUGAGAGCGGUGGAUCGAUGCUAGUGUGUGAUCUUCAAGGCGUGAACGACCUCUUCACCGACCCACAGAUCCACACAGAGGAUGGGAAGGGCCUGGGGAUGGGCAACAUGGGGCAGGAGGGCAUCGCCAAAUGGGUGGAGAACCACUGCUGCAACGCGCUUUGUAAAUCUCUCGGUUUACAGCCGCUGGGGAAUGACCUAAAGCCGUUAUCAAGCGAUGAUUCAAAAAAUCGUAACUAUUUCAUCUGCCUGCGCGCACAACUGCAGCGUCAUGUUCCUCUUCGCCCUCAAGACCUCGUGCCGCUGGUGAAGCCGUUGGAGGAGAUGACGGAAAACGAACGCUUUGAGUAUGUCUUAAAGCUGUCCGAGCUAACCAGCUGA